AUGGGUGCAUUUAUUUUGAUUAUCGUGCCAAUAUUUUUUGCACCUCCUCGGCAACCUUCAGGUCCAGCCUACGUUUCUGAAUUUUUCAAAAAAUUAGCUGAUACAUUAACCGGGCAUCAGCAAUCCGAAGAAUAUUUUUUGAAAUAUGUAAUAACAUACCGUAGAAUUAUGCUUCAAAUUAAUCCAUCAACUCACGAUAACAAAAUGAAACAGGAACGUCAUUACAUUGUAGAAAGACUGGAUAUGGCCAGAAAUAAUUUACGAAACAUGUAUAGGGAAGGUUCGAUGGUAUAUGAAACGUUUGAUAUAGAAGUUGAUGCGAUGAUACAAAAGCGAGGAGAUGUUAAAUACUUUCAAAACAUGUUGAUUGAUAAAACUCAAGCAGCUUUUAUAGACGCGAAAAUUUAUUUCAUUGAAAACAACCAAGUUAAUGAUAUUGCUAUAACUCACAUAGAUCUAUUGGUUUUUAAUGAAUUGUUUGUUCAUGUACACGAGGUUGUUAAAAAUUUAUCUGGAAUGAAAAGAAUGUUAAUGUCAUAUGAUGAUAACCUUCUUGAUCUCCUUCUCUAUAAGCUUUACCAAGACCAGCCUGACAUAUCAUAUUUGAUGUUACAACGUCAGAUCUUAAUUAUUUGA